CCCGCUGCGGGCCGAGGGCGGCAUGGCGGCGUGCGGGGCAUCGCGGCCGGCCUGGUGCCUGCGGAGGGUCGGGGCGGGCGGCGGCUGGCUGCUGCUGGAGGCCGGCACGCAGGUAACUGUAGGCCGGGGAUUAGAUCUCACGUACCAGCUGGUGUCAAAAACCUGUCCCUUGAUGAUUUCUCGUAAGCACUGUGUUUUCCAGCAAAAUGCAGAAGGACAGUGGACUGUUAAGGAUAAUAAGAGUCUAAAUGGAGUUUGGCUUAAUAAACAGCGCCUGGAUCCUUCAAAAACCUAUCCUUUAGCAGAAGGAGACCGUAUCCAGCUGGGAGUGCCUUUGGAAAACAGAGAGUCUGCUGAAUAUGAGUAUGAAGUAAUUAAAGAGGAGUGGGAGAAAAUCAGACCCUUUUUAGCCCAAAGGAGCGACCUGGGGAAAGCUAGGAGCUCAAGAGCUAAACGUAAAUUUACUUCGGAAGAAUCGGAGACAUCUGGAUCAGAAGGCCCUUCAAAUUCCAGAUCCAAAAGGGACAGAGUGUCAUGUGAUGGUGAACCUUUGAGUAAUCUAUUGAGAAGAGUAGGAGAGACAAAACAGUUGACAGACAAGACGGAUGUCAAGCUGCCCUCUCCUGGGUCAAGUGAGGACGAUGGGGGUCCAGUACGUGGUAGCCCUGAUUGCUCUGAGAAAGCUGUGGCUGUUGCUCACGAGGACCAGAAACACUCUGUUCUUUCUCAGUCAUGGACUGACCUGGAAAAGCUGAGGAAAACUCUCAUAGAUAUAAAGAAGUUAAAAGUCAAAGUGCAGGAGAAACAGACUGCAGUUCUGAAUGCAAAGCAGAAGCGCAGGAAGGCUGCUCAGAAGACAAUCCUAGCAAUGGAAAAGGAGCUGCAAGAAUUGCAGGACAAGCUGUGCACAGAACAAGUACAGCAUCAGCAGCAGGUGGAAGAGCUGGAGAGGACAUUCUCUAAAGAGAAGCAGAAGCUAGAGGGAGUGAAAUGGCAAGAUGGGGAAGAGAAUCUGAAGGAGCAGUUGGCCCAGGUUCUGCAAGAGCAUCAUGCUCUGAUGGAAGAACUGAGCCGUAGUAAAAAAGAUUUUGAGGAGAUAAUUCGAGCCAAGAAUAAAGAACUGGAGGAAACCAAGGUGGAGAAGGAAAAGGUGAGAGCCCAAAAAGAAGAAGUUUUGAAUCAGAUGAAUGAUGUGUUAGAGAAUGAGCUGCAGUGCACGAUCUGUUCUGAGCACUUCAUUGAGGCAGUCACUCUGAACUGUGCACACAGCUUCUGCUCCUACUGUAUAGAUGAGUGGACAAAACGCAAAGUGGAAUGCCCUAUCUGCAGGCAGGAGAUUAAGUCAAAGACACGCUCUCUGGUGCUGGAUAACUGCAUUGACAGGAUGGUAGAAAAUCUGGAUGUGGAAAUGAAAGAGCAUCGCCUGACCCUGAUCAGAGAGCGGAAAGAGAAACGGAAUGUGUUGGUGAACCCAGCCACAGACAAUGACAGCAGCAUCAUUCCUUCCAUCUAUUCCAUCUUGUCAAUCAGCAGUUGUGACAGUGAGGACUCUGAGGAGGAUUCUUAUUAUAAUGGAAGCUACUGCGUUAUCUAAACUGUAACUGCAGGCUGGUUUGCCUGCGUGCUGACCGGAAACAGUCUAAUGGAGUUUGGUUUACUACUGCUGAUUGAGCGGACUGGGCAUCUGGAAGGAGAGAUUCUGUGAAGAAGCUGGAACUGGAGCUGAGAAUUAGCAACAUGUGGAAGAACGACCGUAUUUUUUAAGAGAAUGUACAGAAGCUUGAUCUCUCAAACAAGACUGGGACUGUGGGAGAACAAACUGCUAUUAUGCUAGAUGGUUGACAUAUAAAACCUAGGUUUCCAGGAUCACUUCCUACAUACUCAGUGUGGUGUAAAUAUUUGAAUGCGUCACUGCUGUUUUCUGAGUGAAUGACACGUUUAAAUGUGUAUACCAAUUUUCCCUAUUUCAUCCAGCAGGGAACAUAUCAAAAGGUAUUUGAGAACUUGGACAUUUGCACCAGCUAACAGGAGAAAGAUAUUAGAAAGCAUCCCAAUAUGGGGUUUUCCUCUUGAUUUCAUGUCAGCUGGAGUAAUCCUAGGGCUUUCUGGCCAUUAAUUUAAAGGGUGGGUUGUGGACCAUGUCAGCCUUAAGUGCUUAAAUAUAAAAUAAGGUGAGCUGCUGGCUUGUUUGUUCAGUUGAUGUUAUUCAUUUUCUGUUGGAUGGGGAUAGAGAAGAUUAAAUCUUCCUGAAUUCCUUAGUUUGUGCUCUUUUCAUACAGCAUCUUUGGUUUGUUCCCUGCAUAAAGAGUUUUAGAACUGCGAAACAGCAAAUCCAGAAGUUACUAGCGGUGACUUCACAAAUACUUUCAGUUCUUGUCAGCAGCAGAGAGGAAUCUUGGCCUCUGUUAAGUACUGCUACUACCUGAAUGAAUGAAAUGUGCUAUUGACAGGGUAGUUAAGCAGCAUCUGUAGGCAACCACAAGUAACUGUUUAGUUCUGUUGUUUACAAAACAUUGCUAUUGAGCUGUGGCUUUGCUACCCUCAGAGUUCAUCUCCAAGACAAAGCAAGUCUUGCCUCAUCCUAUCACAUCUAUGAAAUAAUAUGAAAUUGUCUAUGAAAUUCCAUUUUCAGUGGCAUAUGUUUUUGACUUAGCUUUUACAUGGGCCUGUUACGUCACUGUUGGAGGAGGAUGAGGGAAGCCCUCAUUUGUAAUAUUUAUUUGGCUGUUUGUACGUACUUUCUUUGUUCCUGUGUUUAUUUUGCUGAAGAAGGAAAAUAUAAAUUCAUCUGUGCAUUAGUCUUCCUUGAUGCAAGCACUGAGAUAAAUGUCUUUCUCCUAGUUAUCGUUGAAUUUAUUGAGAAAACCCAGAUUGUUUCUUUUUAAUGACUUUGCUUAACGUUUUCAUGGCUGUAAGUAGUUUGACUGUUUUAAAAUUAUUUGAAACACUGUAUGCAGGAAUUGAUAAAAGAUGUCCUAACUCUUCAAGCCUGUGUUAGCAGUGCCUAUCUUACAGUAAUUUAGAAUAUGCAAUUGUAUCUUUUAUUUUCUCCUACUAAAGAUAGAUGCCAUUAAAAAGGUGCAUAAAGAUAAUGCUUUCUUAAGAAAGUAGUGCACUCUGGCAGAUUUGAGUGGUAAGACUUAAACAAGGGAAAGUUUUAUCUGAUGUGUGGGCCAGGCAACUUUCUUAAAGUCUUAAUGUGAGGUUUCUCUGGUGAAGGAGCUAUUACAUCUUGAAUUUUCCCUAUGUCCUUUUAGUGUUCUAAAAGAUGGGCUCUUGAAAAUUUCCUUUGUACAUUCAUGCUCUCUAGAAUGUCUUGAGAGAAGAGGGCUGCAGAAAACAGCAAUGAAAUACCCUGAUGCUGGAACAGGAGUUCCUGUUGAAGAGGAGGAGAAUGUUCUGGUUGCCUAGGACUGUGAAUUCUUGUACUGUGUACCUCUUCCAUGUUGCUUUGCUUUUUUACUUCAUUUUUAUUUUCCCUGUUUCACUUUGCUAAAUACAUUUAUUUUCCUAUGUUGGUGUUUAUGCAUAUAUUAGAAAAGGAUGAUUCUUCUGGUAAUAGAGUUCUUCUUUGGUAUGCUUUGAGAGUGUGCUAUUUUCAUUAGAAUACAGAGAUAUUCUUCAUAUUCUAAUGAGAGGGGACACACUAUGAUUAAAAGUGGAAUAUUUACCCUUUUAAACUGUUACCAAUAGGUGUACCAAGAUACACAUGGAGUAAUAAACUUUUUUCUGUUUAUCAAUAGGUACGUAAAGGUUCAAGGAGAGAGGCUAAGCAGCAGUGUUGUUCACUGGCAAAAGCAUAUCAUUGACAAAAGCAGACCCUUCCUCCCAGUUCUGUAAGUUCUUUGGGAGAACUCUUAUCUGAUCCGGAGCUUUUGACUGUACGUAUGGAAGUGGGUUCCAACUACUGAGCUGUGAUGAAGGUACUCCACUCUCCUGUUUGUCAGGAAGAAAACAUACUAAAACACUGUUGUUUUGUUUUGUUUUAUAGAGGACAAGUUAAACUGGUAUCUUAAAUUUUUGUGUGCUUUCUGAUACUGCUUUAUAAAGAAGCUUUAUAAAGAAGGAAAGGUAAACUAAGUGAGACUAUUUGAAGUUUUGUUCAAGCUCAGUGCCUUUCAUAAAGGAGUUUUCAGUGAUAAAAAGAUCUAAAGUGCAGACGUUUCCCUUUUUGGCCAUCUAGUUGGCUAUGAUCAAGCAUAAAAUUUUCAACUUUUGCACAGAAAAUAUCUGUCAGGUAGCAGUUACAGAGAAUGGAACAAGGGAGGUAUUACUCAGACAAUAUGCUGCUGCAAAGAUAUGUAUCCAAACAUUUAAGUUAGAAAAGUCACAUGCACCAGUAGGUGUUUCCUAAUCUAUUCAGCACUUACAAGACCCCAGCAUAGUAGUGCUAUGCUUGAUAGGGACUGCACUACAAGAUGGAUUUGGACCAGUUGGAAAAACAAAGAUUAUGAAGGCUAAGAAAUGUGACCUCAUGCAAAUGAUUUAAG